AUGUCAGACUCCAACCACACCGGUACCUUUUUCUUCCUAGCAGGCCUCCCAGGCAUUGAGGCUGUGCACAAAUGGCUCUUUAUCCCUCUGUGUGCCAUGUAUGUGGCCUCUCUGGUAGGGAACAGUCUGAUCCUGUGGGUGGUGAGGUCAGAGCCCUCCCUGCACCAGCCCAUGUACUACUUCCUAUUGAUGCUGGCAGUGACCGACCUGGGUCUGUCUGCCUCCACACUGCCCACUGUGCUCCCCAUCUACCUGCUGGGUCUCAGGAAAGUGGCAAUGGAUAUGUGUCUGGCCCAGCUCUUCUUCAUCCACACCUUCUCCAUCAUGGAGUCCUCUGUGCUGCUGACUAUGGCCUUGGACCGUUUUGUGGCCAUCAGCAACCCCCUGCACUAUGGCACCAUCCUCACGAGCCCCCGUGUUGCUAGCUUAGGCCUGGCCAGUGUGGUGCGCAGUGUCGGGCUUCACAUCCCUGCUCCCAUCAUGCUGAGGAAGCUGCCUUAUUGCCAGAAUCGCCUGCUUUCCCACUCCUACUGUCUGCACCCAGAUGUCAUGAAGCUGGCCUGUGUAGACACCCACAUCAACAGUGCCUAUGGUCUUUUUGUAGUGCUCUCUACACUAGGGUUGGACUCGGUGCUCAUUGUUCUCUCCUAUGUGCUGAUCCUCCAAACAGUGCUGUCCAUUGCCUCCAAAGCUGAGCGCCUUAAAGCCCUCAACACUUGUGUCUCCCAUAUCUGUGCUGUGCUGCUCUUCUACACACCGAUGAUUGGCCUGUCCAUGAUCCACAGAUUUGGGAGGUGGGCUUCCCCUUCCAGCCGGGUGCUGCUCUCCUACGUUCACUUUCUCAUACCUCCAGUGCUCAAUCCAGUAGUUUACACCAUUAAGACCAAGCAGAUCCGGCUGAGGAUGCUACGCUUCUUGGGGUCAGGUGGGGCUGGCAUCAGAGACACUUAG